AUGAGUUAUGGCUUGGUGGCUGUAGAGCUGCUGCGCACAUUUGCAUGAAAAACUAAUCAUCUUCUAUAAGAUGUUUGUGUAAUAAUAAAAAUGCUUUUAUUUGACAAGUUAUUGAAUGUAAUACUCUUUCGUUGCCGCAUAGUCGCUUCUAACGCUUUUUUUUAAAAUGCUUUUGAUAACCCUCAACGGUUCCCGCGUUUCUGGUGCAUCGAGUUUAUGGAUUCUCCACAAAAGCUACAUGCUGCUGUAAUGGGUGGUGGAAUUAGUCCCAAACUCAUCGAUUGACAAUUCUUAAUUUUUUUCCACUUUCAUUUGCUCGUAUUCCCUUGUGUUUAUAAGGCAGACUGUGAAAAUCUGACUGUUUGCAGGAGGAUAGCACAUGUUUUUCUUUGUUUUUAAAAUUGUCAUCAUUAAGCCUUUUUGUUAUAUAUAUAUAUUUUUUUUUCUUUUUUAAGUGCUCAGAAGAUACGCAUUUUGAUCGGUAUCGAUUAUUUAAAGUAAGCUUUCAAAGGACUAAUACAAUGGCAGUUAAACCCUGUUUGAAAAGUAUAUGGUUAUUAUUAAAGUAUUGAUUGGAAUUAAAUGUGUUGCUAAUCGAGUAUUUGUAUUUUUCGCUGUUCUUGAGUAAGAAACGAUGUUCACAAAUAAAGAUGGACUCCCAUUUAGGCAUCAGAAUAUGUCUCUCUCCACUGAAUAUGAUUAUCAGCAGGCUAUGGCACAGCAUGUUGCUGCUGUCAAUGCAGCAAACAGUUCUUCAGUUCAUUCAGCCAUGGCUCAGAUUCCCACACUGCCUGCAGCUCUUAACCUCACAGUGAACUCUGUUAAUCAAGGCUAUUCAGCUUCUGGUUUAGGCUCAUCGUUAGGCAACAGUAAUGCUGCCUAUCACUAUUCUUAUGGAUCUCUAGGAUCUUCAGGGGGUGGUAGUGGUAGUGGUAAUAGUGUUGUUGGACAGCAUCAUGUUGGACAUGUAGGUCAUCAUCAUCAUGCAGGUGGUGGAAAAUCAAAAAAGAAAUAUAAACUUAAUAAAGAUGGUAUUCCACCUCCAAAAAGAGCAACUACUGCAUAUAUUCAUUUUACACAAUGGUACAGAGAAGAACUGAAGCGAAGUGGAAGAGAAAUACCUAAAAUAGGAGAAUUUGGUAAGGAAUGUGCAGCCAAAUGGAAUGCAAUGAAUGAAGAGCAAAAAGAACCUUUUUUAGAUUCAGCUGCAAGGGACAGAGAGCGAUAUAAACGAGAAAUGUCCAUAUACAAGCCUGCAAGAGAUGCUAAUAAACCAAAGCGUCCGGGUACAGCUUUCAUGAUAUUCAUGGCUGAUUUCAGGAAGGAAAUGGCAGGGAAAGAACCAGAAGGAGGAGUUGCUGCAAUGGCAAAAUUGGGUGGAGAGCGGUGGAGGAGUAUGACUGAUGAUGAUAAGCAGCCUUAUGUAGAAAGACAGUUAGAAGCGAAACUCCGCUAUGAGCAUUCCAUGGAAGAAUAUAGGAGAACGCAAAAUUUAGAAGCUCAGUCGCAAGCAGCGAAAGCAAGAGCUGCUGCUGAAGAAGAAAACAGGAGCAGUCCUUCAGAUAAUUUCAGCAUGUGUCAGCAGGGAAAUUCUCAGCAGCAGCAACAACAACAACAACAACAACAGCAGCAGCAACAACAACAACAACAGCAGCAACAACAACAACAACAACAACAGCAGCAACAACAACAACAGCAGCAGCAGCAACAACAACAACAAAUGACUCGUUCCCAGCCGACUCCUCCUUCUGGAUGCUCAACUCCAGCAUCCACUGCCUCAUCGCCGGCUGCACAGGAUCUUAGUUCCAGUCCUUCUGGUAUGAAUGCUCCAGCUUCUUCAGUGGCUUCCACCUCAGGGGCCAAUGUUGGUCCUUUGCCAUCGUUCUCCACAUCUUUGGCAUUAUCACACCCUGGCCUCUCUAAUCCUCAUGCUACGUCUCUGGCCAUGACAUAUGCACAGUAUUCUCUUCCUAGUUUUGCCCAUGCUGGUGUCUUGGCUGCAAACUACACCCAAGCUCACUCCCAUGCAUCAACCUCGGCCGCCCAUUUGCCGACAGCUUCCUCUACAUAUAGCCAGGCCCAUUUGCAAGAUCCUUAUAGGUGGACUUAAAUUUUGGUGAUGGUAUUGGAUAUUACCUCCCAUAAAUUUACUCUGUCAGACAAAGCAAGAGAUAACAUAAAAUGUCUGAUGGCAAUCGAUGCAGCUCGUAUGAAAGGAGUGCACAACUUUGUGCAUAUACCUUUCUUUUAAACUUAUAUUUUUGAGUCUGCUUUUUCUGAAGGUACCUGUGAUGUUGGUUCCAUGUGCACAGUAUUUCUCUCGUACUCGUACCCUAGUCUGCGCCUUUUUAAGAUAUUGACAGACUUCAUAAUGUUUGGAAAAUCUUUAUAUUUGUCUCAUAUCAUAAAAAGAUCUGAAUAUCAGAUUUUGAGACGGAAUGUUUGGUAUAAUAUUCCCAUGUAGUAAAAUGUUGGAAAGAUGAACAAAACGCAUGCCAAGAGUACUUUAAAUCAUCAAAAUAAAUUAAUUUAUGUUGUACUUCAUUUUAAAAAUUUAAUCAUAAGUCAAGUCAUCGAGCACAUAAUGUUUUAUGUUGGUUAUAUAUAUUUUAAAGCCAUUUUAGCCAUUUAUAUUUGUAUCAUAUCAUGUUAUUUUGUACAAUUAUAAUAUUUUAUAUUCCGCCAUACAAGUCGAUAUUUUUAUGAUUGUGUUUAAUGUCCUUGUGCAAUUGCUCUGAGCAACAUAUCCUUUUUAUUUGCACAAAAUAGUUUUGUGUUUGAAAAUUGUUCAUGAUUUUUAACAUUUUACUGUUAUUAAGUCUUGUAAUUCAGUGAUUUUACAGGACAGAGUUCAGAUACUGUCUGAAUAAGCUUGAACCGAGUCCUGCAACCCUUUGUGUAUAUAUAUUCCAUGACACCACAUCUGGACUGAUAAGGGUUUUGCCAAAAAUUCAACUUGCCAUCUUGGUUGCAAUUUUUUUUAAACAUAGUUUUUUUUUUUUUAACUAAUUUUUAUCCCAUUUCUUUUUGUCUGUAAAUAUUGUAAUAUUUAUUUUUUAAAGGAGCAGUUUCCAAAAUAAAUGCAUGAACAUGCAGAACGUUUUUUCUUUAAAUGUAUGUUCAUACAUUUGUAGCUUUUCCAAAGCAUGUCCAUUUGCAAGGAUAGUGGUGAAAAUGUUUAUAUGCCGACAAAACUUCCUCAUUUUGUGGAGGUCAAGUUUUCAUACAUUUAAUCUGUGUAUGGAUUGUUCCUUGAAUGCUUUCACUUAAAUUAAGUGACUAUUGUGAAAUGUUUUGUCCGAGAGCUGAAUAUUGUUAAUAUUUCACUUUAAUUCUUCAGUACAAGAUGCAUUAAAAAUAUCAGAUGUGAUUUUUUUGUUAAAAAUUUCUCAAAAUAUGGAAUUGUCAUUACAUUUUUUUGGUUUUUAUGUUAAAUUUCAGAAACGUGGCUCCUCCUUCAAGGCUAAUACGAAGUGGUUUUAAACGCACAUUUUUAUAUUUUAUUCUUUAAAAAAAAAAAAAAAAAAAAAAAAAAAAAAAAAAAAAAAACUACCUGAUGUUUUUAGUUUUGUUAUUUAUUUGUUUACUAACUUUUUUGUCACACAUUAAUUUGGAAUAAUAUAUUACAUCGCCAUUAAUUUCUACAUCAUAAUUUCAUACUCAUGUUCAUUAAUCCUGUGAUUCAUUAAAGAUUUAUCAUUAAAAUGAAAAUUUCAAGAUAUUGUAGAUAGUUUUUUUAGGCAUAGAAUCAAGUAUUUUGUAUAGCAAAUUCCAUAUUAUCCUGUAAUUUAAGAAUAUCAGAUGUAAAGUGUUUUUUAAUUAACUGUUUGAUUAUUUUAAGAAAAUGAAGCAUUGAGUUUUCUAUUAUGUCAGUAUUUUGCUUAAUACUUUGAUAUUAUUAUUAUAAUUUUAAAUUUUAAAAGUAUGCAUUUUUUUGCAUUUUUAUUCUGCUCUUUUGGUCAGCUAAUUUAGGCAAAUAAAAACACUUAACUGUAGGCAGCUUUUUAUAAUGUGUACAUUUAAUUUGUUACAGUCAUUUAGGUGCUUGAAGUUACUAUUUGGGCCAGGUUUGCAGGACUUGUCAGGCUAUGUAAAAUAUACAUUUAGAAGUGCUAGAUGAUUUACAUGGCUAUAGAAGCUCUUCAUUUUCCAAAGAGAAAACUAUUCUGUACAUAGCAGGACUGCUAUAAUUAAUAUGAAAAAACUAAAAGAAUGGUGUUGGUAUCUAUAACACUUUAUGCCUGUAUAUUUGAAUUAGGUACUCUUUGCAAAGAAAAAUUUUGUGAGUUAAAUUUGUAUUUCAGUAUUAUCUUGUAAAGCUUUAUAUCUUUUUAGAUGAAGAUGUUAAUUCAUGUAGCAUUUCUCUAUUCUUUUGGUGUAUUUAAGAGCAUGGCCCUCUUAUCAUGCGUGCCUAUGUAGAUAUACAGUGCUUUGCUGUAAUGUAAACAAAGGUGAAUAUUGUGGCUUGUUUUUUUUUUUAAACCUUAUUCUUAAAAUGUUCAUAGCAUAACAAUAUAUUGAAUAACUAUCUUAAUCAUACUGCAGCUAAAUUUCUAAAUAAACUUUAAAUUAUUUAUAUAAAAGGGGUCAUGUUAUAUGUAUAAAAUGCUAUCCAUAUUCAAAACAUAAUGUAGAACUAAUUUAUAAUAAAGUGUGCAAUGUGGCUGUAUAGGGAAAUAAUGAAGUUUUUUCUAUAUUUUUUGCAUUAAUUCAGUUACAAGUAGGUAUAGUUAAAAAUAUAUAUAUUUAAUAAUCAUUAAUUAAUUUUAGAAAUUUUUUACAUCAAAUUUGCAAAUAUUUUACAUAUAACUAGGUUAUAGAAGUUUUAAAAAAAUCAUACUUAUUUCUGUAAUGCCAGUUUCUGCUCCUAGUGCAUAUAACAUGACUCCAAUUGAUUAUUGCCAUGCAAAAUUCAUAGAAUGCAGGAUUACUUUGUUCGAUAUUAUCAUGUGUAUAUUUAAUUAAAAAUGAUUUUAUUUUGUGAAAUGUAUAAAGUGGAGUUAUUGCAAUGGAAAGUUUCCCUUAAUACCAGUGAAAGGUUAUAAUCCUCCCCAAUCUAGUUCAGACCUUAGUUUAUUUUUAAAAAUGUUCUAUUAUGUUGUAAAUUUAAGACUUUUCAGAAGUAUUUACCUUUUUUUUUUUUUUUUUUUUUUUAUUUUUUUUUUAAUUACUGAAUAAAUGUUUCUGAAUUGAAGAAAGAAGAUAUCCCAAAAGAAAUAUUUCUUAAUGCUGAAAUAAAUAUUCUUUAUCAUGUUAUGUAUUUGAGAAUACUUUCACAGGGUAAGCUUUCCAUUUAAAAAAAAAAAAAAAUGUGUUUAUUUAAUAAGCUUCUCAGAUGUAAACUUUCAUUUAGUAUAAUUCCAUUAAAAAACUAAAGUGUAUUUUGUGAAAGUUGUUCCUGUGUUAUAUUUUAAAGUUGCAGAUUUCGAAUUUUCAAAGCAGAAUUUUAUUUCUUUUUUACCUACUUUCAAAAAGCUAGGACUUUAUAUAACUGACUAUUAGAUUAGCAAAUAAAAAUAUAUUUGGAAGUAAACAAUGAUGUUUGUUAAACAUAAAAUUAUCUGGUAUAAAGGUUACCACUUCGUAUUAGCUUCUAUGUGUGAAACAUUAAUGAGAUCUGUUUUAUCUUUUAUGUAAUACAUAUUGUUUUACAUUGAUUGAUUUACAUUUACAAAUGAUUGAGGAAAAUGGUUUUAAUAAUCUGCAAAUACUAAGUUUUCAAACUCAAAUAUUAUAAUUUUUGAAUGAUUGACUAAUUUUAUGCUAAAAGAAUUAUUUUCAUAAUAGUGUUUAAAUGUUUAUAAUUUGUAAUAGUUUCAAGUUGAUUUUAUGCUUUUUUAAAUUAUUAAGACCAAUUCUAAUAAUUUUCUUAAUAAAUUUUUUAUAUAUAUAAAAUUGCUCUGUUGUGAAGUUGUAUUGAUAAAUUAAUAACUGCAAGUGUAAAAAUUCUUGAAAUGUGUGGAACUGGUGAAUUUAUUCUUGUAAAAAUGUAUUCUGUGUAGCAAACAUGUAAAUAUUAAAUUACCUUUGCUUGAAUGAA